AUGGAAUUUGUACGCAAGUGUGAUAAGUGCCAGCGAUUCUCCAAUGUGCAGAAGCAACCAUCUCAAGAACUUACCAUUGUAACUAGCCCGUGGCCUUUUGCCAAGUGGGGAAUAGAUUUCAUUGGCCCCUUGCUAAAGGGACGAGCGAGUGCGCGCUUCGACAUAGUCGCUAUUGACUACUUCACCAAAUGGGUGGAAGCAACGCCUCUGGCCAAGAUUACUGAGGCCAACACUUCCAAGUUUCUCAGGAAGAACAUCAUAUGUCGGUUCGACAUACCUCAUUCCUUGGUUGGGUGGAAGCAGAACCUCUAG